AGCAUUCCAGGCUACCUCAUUCUCUUUGCUAUCCCAUUUUCCGCCUAUGAUCUUGUUACCUUCCCAGCUUUUUAAACAGCACCAAGUAAACUAACGUUCUCUGCCUGCCAUGUCGCGUGCUCCAGACUUGCAGUAGAUGUCAAUUGCUUGAAGAGAAUCCGCAAUAGUUCCGCUGGCCAGACAGUGCCUAACAGAUGAAUGAUUAGCUUCUGAUUAGGAGCAGCUUGGUGCUCUGAACACUGGCAUAAGUUUCAUCAUCCUCUACUGCUGAUCGCUGCAGAUACAAUGAAGCCAUAGCAAAGUGAGAGGACAACAAUACAAAGACGGAGCCUCAUCCAAUUUAAAACAUUUCUCCAGUGUUAAUUGCCAUGGAGACGGUGGUUAUAGUAGCAAUUGGGGUCCUUGCGACUAUUUUCCUGGCCUCCUUUGUAGCUCUUGUGGUUGUCUGCAGACACCGUUAUUGUCAGCCCAGCAACCUGUUGCACCAGUUUGACUCGAAGCCUACAGUGGAUCUGAUUGGUGCAAUGGAAACCCAGAGUGAACCCUCCGAACUGGAACUGGAUGAUGUUGUUAUCACAAACCCUCACAUUGAGGCAAUUCUGGAAAACGAAGACUGGAUAGAGGAUGCCUCGGGUUUGGUGUCACACUGUAUUGAGAUUCUUAAGAUAUGUCAUACUCUAACUGAGAAACUUGUUGCCAUGACGAUGGGAUCAGGGGCAAAGAUUAAAUCGCCAGCCAGGCUGAGCGACAUAAUUGUGGUGGCAAAGCGGAUUAGUCCAAGGGUGGACGAUGUUGUAAGAUCGAUGUACCCUCCGCUGGAUCCCAAGCUCCUGGAUGCCAGAACCACUGCCCUCCUACUCUCUGUCAGCCAUCUUGUAUUGGUUACCAGGAAUGCAUGUCACAUGACUGGAAGCCUCGAUUGGAUUGACCAGUCCCUCUCCUCAGCUGAGGAGCACAUGUUAGUGCUGAGGGAGGCAGCUCUGGCGAGUGAACCUGAGAGGAACCUCAUGGGGUGUGAGAACUUCUGUCAGGAACAAUCUUCAAUUUAGCCCCUGGGGCCUGACUGGUAAUGGAACAGGCAAAGGCCUUGACUUUCCCAAUUUGAACAGCUCAGUUUCAACAUAAACCUUUUCUGUCCACAGUAGCACAGUGUAAUCAACCUGUGAAGUGUAAACCUUAAAAUUAAUUGAGGACUGGGCUUCACUGUUCAGAUAAUUUUUGGACAUCAAAGGUCAGAUAUUAAUGUUGAUCAUAGUCUCGAAAUCUGCUUGAUUGUUCAUCUAAUGUUUACAGUAAACACUUUAACAACAGCGUAGUUGCACGUUAAAUAUUCAUAUGCCCCCAUCUGCUGCUUUUUUUUUAAACUUCACUAUUUAUCAGCUCUUUAUUUACAGAAAAUUUCACUGGCCAAGUUUCUCUAGCAAAUCCCAUGUUUGAUCUUUCUUUAACUUGAUGUGCUUGAAAGUUUGGGUCGCAAACCUGAAGAAAUGAUAAAUUGAGGAAAAGCAGCCCUGCCCUUAACACACAAUGAGUGUAACUGAGCUUCAUUCUUAUCUGCCAGGAAAAGGUUGCUUUUAAACAUAAUUAAUUAUUAACUAUUUGAUUUUCUCUGCCAUAGUGAAAAUAGAGUUGAUGUAGAACUUAAGUAAUGCAUCAGACAUCUCUUAGGUUGCUUCAAAAUCAGCUAAAGACUUUAGUGAUAUUGGAAAUUUUUGUAAACAUGAUUAUUAUUGAUAUGUCUAUCGAAAGCUGUUUGUGUUGAAAUUGUGCCAUAGAACGAGUAUGGUCAAAUGAAAAGUCGUUACUAUUUUAGCAAAGGUAUUAACCUGUUUUAUUAAAGCAGGUUGGCAGCUUUAAGGUAUCAGAGAAAGGAAGCUCACUGAACCAGGUUUGUCACUAACAUUACACAGUGUGAUAUAAUCCAAUUAAAUUUUCAGGGUAAAUUGUGCAAGGCUUACCAGAAAAUCAAAGGCACUUCAAAUUAAGCAUACUUCCCUGAUCCAAGCUGAGCAAAUCUCCGAUCUGUACUCCUUAGAACCAGCGCUCCAUGCCCAAACUCAUGUUGUGCAAUUAAUCUUACGUUGUGAGAAAGAGACAGGACUAUUUGAUCGAAAUAAUGCCUCAUCAAGGUGUAGCCUUGAUCGUAUCAUUGUCAAUUUGUAAGCAGAUUUUUCUUUAUUUAAAGUGAGUGUAGGACCAUGAGCAUGACAGGGGAAUGUGAAAAAUGUUAUGUUUUUUACUUGGAAAGUCCCAGUAACAGAGACCACUGCCUGAUGUGUGCAGAUACUAACUUGGUACUUAAAGCAGUCAGGCUGCCUAUUUGAGUGAAGCAAGGCCCAGUGACUAUAUCUGAUUGGUGUGCCUAUUCUAAUCAUUCCAACUGCUGAUGGAUCUAUUGCUACUUGUUGGCUCUUGUUCCAAUUUGUGUGCCAGGUACAGUGUUCAGAGUGAAGCUUAUGCGUAUUUCCUGAUCAUGUGACACCCCUUCCCAAUAGAGUUUCUCCUGUUUGGCAAAUGAACUCUUAAAGAGAGAAUCAUCCUUGGGCCUCUAUCUAGAGUAAAAGUUGCUGAUUUUGACAUUCCAUUUGUAUUUUUAAUAUUUUAUUUAAACCACAGCUAGAAACAAUAAUGUUACCGUGGGUAUGGGGAGGUGAUGUCUAAAUUGGGCUAUCUGCAGCCUCUAAGCCCUGGCAAUGUGGUCACUGAAGCUCCAGCACCCUAACCCUGUUUCCACUGACAUUUCUCAUUGGACUUAACAUUGAGUUCAACAACCUCAGAUCAUUAACUCUGUCCUCCACUUUGAUUUUCUUUCCACAGUUUUCUCCCGCCCAGGCCAGUCUGUAAAUUCUCAUGUAUUACUUUCAGAAAGUGCUGACCCUUGUUCUGCUAUUAACACAUUCUGCUAUUUAACCUCUAUGCUACCAUUAACACCCGCCUUAGUCUUUAACACUACCAUUACCAAUCCCUUUGUUUUGUGUCCAUGUCAUCUUUGUCAUUUGAUCUCUUCUGAUCUCCAACCUAUCCCUGACUUUCUAUUUUGCUCCACCUGCUCCACCAACCCUCCCCUGCCCCUUUUUCAACAGUAUAAAACCCAUCAUGUUUCUACCUCUCUUCAGCUCUGAAGAAGAGUUACAUGGACUUGCAAUAUUAAUCCUGGCCUGAAUUUUACAUGUUGAAAGCGGGCGCCCACCGACAAUUAAAGGGCCAAUUAAACCAAUUGUGCAGCCAAUAGACAGCAAUUUUACAUUGCCUGUGUGAUUUUGUGCUCGUUACGCCGAUAUAACGGGCAGGUUUUCAUCAGGUUGUCAUGCAAGGCUGGGUAAAAGAUCAUCCGGAGCACAAGAGCUUUCAGUUUAGUUGAGAGUUUGCUGGUGUCAUAGUUCAGAGCUUUGAGAGAUUAUUUGUUGAUUGUUGUUGCUUUCUAAGCCUGUCUGGUUUUCUUUGAGGACUUCAUAUUUUUUUGGCAGCUUUGUCUGAAGAUUGUAGCAGAGUGCACCCUUUGUCGCAAGGCACAGUGCCUUGUGCAUUUCAUCUAAUGUGGAUUGUAUACUUAGCUGAAGAGGAAGAGAGGUGUAGGAGGGAGGGGAGGCCAGGUGAGCACAGGCAGUGUCCCAGGGAGAGACCUUUGGGAGGAGAGGCACUGGCACGGUGUGUGCAGGGCUGACAGUGCAAGUGGGAACGCCACCACUUGGAGGCUCCCCUCCAAGCCACACGCCAUCCUGACUUGGAAAUAUAUCACCGUCCCUUCGCUGUCACUGGGACAAAAUCCUCAA